AUGGGGGGAGUCUGGGAAAGGAUGAUCGGGACCUCUCGUAGGAUUUUAGACUCCAUGCUGCUUGCGCACAACAAGAAAGACCUCACCCACGAGGUCCUCUGCACCUUUAUGGCAGAGGUAUGUGCAAUUGUCAACGCGCGCCCUAUAGUCUCCGUCUCAUCGGAUCCGGAAUCACCUUCGGUUCUAUCUCCUGCAUUGUUACUCACCCAUAAAUGUGGCCCUACAUCUGAACCUUUCACUAACCUUGACAUCCGCGAUGCGUACAAGUCUCAGUGGAGAUACGUACAAUUUCUAGCAGAGACAUUCUGGAAACGCCGGAAACAGGAAUACCUCAACAGUCUUCAGAAAAGCCAGAAGUGGCACAGGGAAACCUCGAACCUUAAGGAAGGGGAUGUGGUUUUAAUGAAAGAUGACCAGUCGGGACACAGGAACAACUGGCCUAUGGGAGUGAUUGAGAGAACUUUCCCAAGUGAUGAAGGUUUGGUGAGGAAAGUUGAGGUUCGCGUGUCUAGGUGUGAUGGCGAGACCACAACCUUUGUAAGACCGGUGUCUGAACUCAUUUUGCUUAUUUCUGAAUAA